AUGUCCCCCGGCCACACCCAUCCUGCUUUUCUGUCCCCCAUGAUGGACGCGAUGGACGGCGCCGACGAGUCACAAGCAGCGCCUGCGCUCAUGAAGACCAAGCUCCCGAAGAAUCAGAGGUCCUGGCGGUCCUCAGGUACAGACAAGCCCGCCGACGCAUAUGAGUUCCACCUUGCACUUGCGGGCGCUGUCAUCGACGGGAACGGGACGGACUUCAAGCCCGGAGACGAGAUAUUUGGGUGCAACCCAGUCCCCGCGACGAUCUGGUCCACCUGGGGCGCGCUCGCGGAGCACACCCGCGGUCGGCGCGCGGGGGCUAUCCAGCUCGCAAAGGCAUGGGGCGCGCGAGGAACGAAUUACGCAAAGGCGCCGCUGCAUGAGCAGCCCGCGGCGGCGGCGAAGGAGGAGACGGCAAACAUGAAUGCAUGA